UCUAUCAUGAAUUUUAAUAGAGUCAAUUUAGCAAUAUCAUAUAGGAUUUGAGAAGAAUAGAAUCAAUUUAGCAAUAUCAUGUAGGAUUGGAGAAGAGUUUUGAAUUUAAAAUUAAAAUACCAGCGGAUUUGGAGUCAUGGGUUACCCAAAAGCUUAAACCAAUAAGCUACGGUUAACAUUGUUUUUAGAUUGAUAGAUAAAAUAUUUAUACCCUUUAAAUUCUUAUAUAUAAAAGUCCAAGAAAUAAAACCCUAGCGAUCGUCACAGCUUCCCAGUUCGGCCCCUCCGAGGCUGCCGCCCCGUUGAUACUCCAAGGACGGAAAAAACAGGGGAAAAAUCGGGGGGAAAACAUUGGAAAAUUCAACGGAACAAAGGAAAGACGGAAAAAAUUGAAAGUGGUUUUAUUAGGAAACAGAAAAGAAGUUGAGAAUGGCAAAGUCCACCUCUAGUGAUGCUCAGAUGCUCAUUCGUUCUCUCCGUACUGCUUAUGCUGCUACGCCAACUAAUCUCAAAAUUAUUGAUGUUUACGUGGUGUAUGCUAUUGUUACAGCUGUAAUUCAGGUUGUCUAUAUGGGAGUAGUUGGAUCAUUUCCAUUUAACUCUUUCCUCUCUGGAGUUCUCUUCUGUGUAGGUACAGCGGUACUUGCAGUUUGUCUUCGAAUUCAAGUCAACAAAGAAAAUAAAGAAUUUAAGGAUCUACCACCAGAACGACCGUAUGCUGAUUUUGUUCUCUGCAAUCUAGUGCUCCAUCUUGUCAUCAUGAACUUCCUUGGAUAGGAAAACUAUAUCUUAGCACACCAUGAGACAUAGAAUUGUUUUUGGUACUUCCCGUCGGACUUCAAAGUGAUAAAACAUCUUAUCGUUUCGUCAUGUAUAAACCUGAUGAUCUACAUGUCCGAUGGUUUGCACUUUUUGUUUCAUGAAUUGAUCAUCGCCACCUUCAAGAGGCUAUAUUUUCUGAGAAAUAUUCUUCCCAUAAAGUGACGUAGUAUGAUAAUUUAUUUAUUUUGUUUUUA